UCUGGUCUGAGGGGUGCCAGUGGAUGUUGGGGAUGGGAGUGCGGUGUUUGAGGGGUGGGAGAGACUCCCCAGCGCUCACGACAGCUGGGAGCGGCUGCCAGACCAGCCCUGUAUGGAAGAUGUUGUUUUGGUGACACACCAGCACGACCUGUGUCACCUCAGGAUCCUGGAAACCGCGUGGGCUAUGUGCGUGACCCAGAGUGCCAGAGAGACACGACCCUGUUAUGAUCUGCAUGCUCAUAACUUGAUAUACCUUAAAUCUACAACUUCCUCGUAAGGGGAAGUGGAGGGGCAGACAGUCUCUGGCGACCAGUGAUAGGACCCAAGGGCRGGACAUGAAGCUCUGUCAGGGAACGACAGAAAUGGCCAACCGAGAGCAAGCAGAGAUACAAAUUUCAGAGUUAGAUUUACUGUCCAGCAUGUUUCCUUAUGAGGAAGAGUUUGCUGUGACAGACCAACUAGCUCUAGCUGAACUGAAACACUAUGUUGAAAAUGAGUCUGCAGAGGUGCCAUCUUCAAAAGUUCAGUUUAUGCUGAAUGUAAAGGCAGAGGUGCCUAAUGCCUCUAUGGUGGAAUUCUCUAUGGCCUGUGCUUUACCRUUCAAAUAUCCAACUGUUCCCCCAGAAAUUACUGUGAGGUCGUCAUUAUUAAGCCGCUCUCAGCAGAUUCUUCUGAACUCUGAUCUAAAAGCAUAUCUGGUGCAAAACUGCAAUGGCGAGCCCUGCAUGCUGAGUGCAAGGGAAUGGGUUAAAGACCACGCAGCUGCUUACAUUGACAAAGAGCUUUCAUCUUCCUCAAUGACAGCUUCAGAUGCCACACAGUCAGAAGAAGUCACCAUGUUCACUCGAUUGUGGAUCUACAGUCAUCACAUUUACAACAAGCAAAAAAGAAAGAAUAUUGUUGAUUGGGCCAAAGAGCUCUCUCUGUCAGGGUUUUGCAUGCCAGGGAAACCAGGUAUUGUUUGCGUAGAAGGUUUACAAAGUAGCUGUGAAGAGUUCUGGUCAAGGAUAAGAAGAUUAACAUGGAAAAGAAUUCUUAUUCGGUACAGAGAAGAUGUUUCUUUGGAAGGUGGAGGGCAUGCUGAGAUCCAGAGCAAACGGAAGUUCCCCACUUUGGAAGAAAAAUAYUUUGAUGCACAUGGUGCCAGAGGAAAUCAUAUGGAUUUGGGGCAACURUAUCGUUUUUUAGAAGAAAAAGGAUGUUCUGACAUAUUUCAAAUGUACUUUGGGGUUGAAGGGCAUUGAAGGGGUUGAAGAUCCACACAGGCCUCAGCACUUAUGUUUGUAAUUUAAUCUUCAUAACAAAGUCUUGGCUUUUCUGCAACAGCUGAUCAGGGACAGAAUGAAUAAUUCAUGACUUACGUGAUGAAUCCAGUUUUCAAUGAAAACUAAUAUCCAGUGAAAUCAUGAAUAAUGAAAAUGACUGUAUGGAUGCUUWAUACAUUUUCUGGUUUUAAGGUGAUUUAGGGUAUAUAUCUAUUUACAGUGAAAGAAAAUGUGUUUGUUAACCUACAGGACAGUUACAGAACUAUAGAUGAAUGAACAGACAGAAUAUGGUGAAUGAGAAUAAGAAAAGACAGAAAUACAGUGUGGGUAUCUCAGGAGCGAGAACAUGAUGUUUACAUUAAUUGUUACUGUUUACAUACACUCCAUGAGGAYGUUUUUUUAAUGAUCUUCUAGUUUCUACCUAAAAGUUUAGUAAGCCAUGAAAUCAAUAUUUUAUUUAAAAAUGAGCAAAGGGAGGGAGCAAGUUUACAAGAAUCUUGCUCAUGCUGCCAGUAUGAGGUAGGAUGCCUGCUCCAAGGCAUAAGAAUUUUCUGUAGGUAAAAGUGUGUGUGUGGGUAAGAGGGAUACCAUGCUGGCUGCAUUACAUCUGUUACUUUGGUUUGUGUAAUGCAGCAGUUUACUAAGGAUUGGGCUCCCUUACAGCACAGUCCAAAAUUGUGACAUGAUYCUCAGCCUUCUGAAUUYGCAAGUUUUSAGUCCU